UCCUCCUCCCCUUCAGAAUUCUUGCCUGUCUUUUCUCCACACUGUGUGUAAUGGUAGAGAAGAGGAUGAACUCCCUUGUAAAAUGGGCGCUCAUACUUUUUGGACUGUUCUCAGUUAUUCUCAACAUCGUCCUCAUAGGCAUCCACUCGGGUAGGAAGCCCAAAUGUUCGGGCCAGCAUGUCCACCAGCUGAAAGGUAAACACGACGACCGCAGCCUGGUGUUUGCUGAUCUCACUCAAGAGGAGUACUUGCAAGUCCAGCAGUACAUGCUUAAACAGGGGGAGCUGAAUAUCUCCACCAGACAGACCACCAUGCCGUCGGAAAACUUUUUAUUUCUAAUUGAUCUCUCACUACCAGAGAAAUUGGAGGCUAUGGCGUACUUAGACGGGAAAGGCAAAAAGCCAGUGAGAGAAGCAACAGUGGUGGUCUUUUACGGCAUGAAGGGCCAAAUCAAGGAGUAUGUGGUGGGGCCUCUCCCCAAUCCGGCAUACCACAGAGAUGUAACGCAGAAAAGAUACAAGAUGGAAUUACCUAUCACCAAGCGUCUGGUUACUAUUGGGGAGUACGCUUUAAUGUUUAAAUUUUUUGACACCGAGGUCUUCCCUAAGUUAAAGAAACUCCUGAAAGAGAGUUUUGGUGUGGAUGGGGAAAAACGCUUGAAUGCCUUUGAACAAAUGCCCCGUGGGGUUCAGUCAGGGGACAGAAAGACUUGGGUUUCCUUCUUCAGAGACAUGAGCGGCAUGUACAUUCACCCGGUGGGCUUCGAGGUGCUGCUGAACCAUGAGAGCACAAAUGCAUCUCAGUGGAAAGUGGAGAAGCUGCUUUACAACGGGGAAUAUUUUAACACGGUGGAAGAGCUUAAGAUGAAAUAUGAUAAUGGGAAAGUGAACAAAACUGUGUACAAGGAAUCUCCUGACUAUGGUUCUCUAAAGCCUAGAAAAAAGCCGCUGCAGAUACCACCCCAGCAGUUUUAUGCAGAGGGAAAGCGCUACAGUAUUCAGGACAACCACGUCUUGUACCUGGACUGGAGCUUCGCUUUUGGACUUAGUUCUCUCACAGGUAUGAGAGUGUUUGAUGUGAGGUUUAAUGGUGAAAGAAUCGCCUAUGAAAUAAGCGUGCAGGAGGCGAUGUCGGUGUAUGGUUCAGUGACACCAGGGAUGAUUCUUACAAAGUUUUUGGAUUCAAGCAUUGGGAUUGGGCGCUUCGCACAUGAACUAGUUCGUGGUGUCGAUUGUCCUUAUAACGCUGACUAUGUCGACACAUACCGGUACAUCGAUGUCCCAGUUCCAGUCAGGUUUAGGAAUUCCAUAUGCAUCUUUGAGCACAACAUGGGUCAACCCCUGAGAAGACACUUCGCAGAUUUUUUCCACAACAGUUAUGGUGGGAUGGUGAACAGCGCGUUAGUCUUCAGAACAAUAACAGCUAUAGGAAACUAUGACUACAUGUGGGAUUUCAUCUUUUAUCAAAGUGGAUCAGUAGAAGCCAAAGUGCACGCGACUGGCUACAUCUCAUCUUCCUACCUGGUCAACGGUAAUCUGAAGUAUGGACACCAAGUGGCAGAAAAUGUCCUCGGGAACAUCCACACACACUUCAUCAACUUCAAGGUGGACCUAGAUGUGGCAGGAGUGGAGAAUGUAUUUCAGGCCAAAGAUAUGGAGUUUACCAAUGUUUCUUUGCCUUGGAUGCCUGAUCGAUAUGCAAUGGUCCCUCGGCUGGUGGAAAAGCAGUUCAGAACUGAACAGGAGGCCGCCCUGCGUUAUGACACCAAGAUACCUCGCUAUCUUCACAUCGCUAGCAGGAAAACCAAUCGUUGGGGUCAUCAGCGUUCCUACAAAUUGCAGGUGUUUAGCUUUGCAGGAGACCACCUACCAGAGAGCCAGACUGAAGAGAGAUCAAUGUCCUGGGCCAGGUAGGAAUGAACAAAUUAAAUAUAAAUAAAGGAAAAUCUAUGCUAUGGUCCAGUUACUACAUUAUUACUGUUCAAUGUGGUACCUGCUUCUCACUUAUUGACUGAUUGAGAAUUUAUUAUUAAUAAUUUAAUUAUUAAUCUUUAUUAAUUAUAGUCAUUAUAAUUAAUACUUCAUCAGUCAAACAUUGAUUUCUCAAACUUUUUUUCCACAAAUAACAAUCUGAUUACAGUCCAGUAGUACAAAAUUUGAAUAAAAAAAUAAAUAAUUGCAAGUAUCCUUGCAAUUAUUUUUGCAAUCUUUUGACCAGGAAUGUACAUAUAUGUUGUAAUCCUUGGUUGUGUGAGUUUUGGGUGCCAUUUUUGUUUUUGUCUUCACCACAUUCUGUCAUGUUUGUUUUAACAUUUCGAACCCACAUGCAGAACACAAAUCAGGAAAAGAGUAAUCAGUUUUAAGAGGUUUAUUACAAGCAGGUAAGUCAACGGCAGGGUCUCAGAUAACCAAUAGUGACAAAGAACACUGGAACGUCGGGGCACUGUGGUGCUGGUUUGGUCAGAUUUAAUUUGUGACACUUGGAAUGUCGGAUGGAUGCUCAAUGAAGCUGGGAGAUGGAGACGGACUUCAGACGGACAAUGACAGACUCCACUUCUAAAGGUCCAAUGAACCUAGGGGACAUUUUCUUGGACAUGGAUUUUAAAUGUAUGUUUUGGGUGGAUAACAAAACCUUCUGACCAGGUGAGUACUCCAGAGCAGGGAUCCUUCUGCAAUCGGCGAAGCGUUUGUUUUGGGCUGCGGUAUUAUUGAGUGCGUUGAUGGUGGAUUUCCAGAUUUUUUUGCAGCAACGAAUGUGGUUUUGGACAGCGGUAACAGAAAUGAGGUCUUCAUCCGAGGCGAGAAGAGGAGGCUGGUAUCCUAGGCACACUUCAAAAGAAGACAGACCGGUAGCAGCAGAAAUGUGACUAUUGUGUGCGUAUUGGACCCAUGGCAGGAACUGACUCCAAUCAGAUGGAUUGUUAGACGUAAAACAGCGGAGGACUGACUCAAGUUCCUGAUUCAUUCUUUCAACUUGGCCGUUGGACUGAGGGUGGUAACCGGAAGUCAGCAUUACUUUAGCGUCGAGAGCGGUACAAAACUGUUUCCAGACUUGUGAUACAAAUUGCGGAACACGGUCCGAAAGUAUCUCAACAGGGGGGCCACGUAAACAAAAAAUAUGUUUGAUUAAUAGCUGAGCAGUUUGAAAUGCAGUGGGGAGUUUGCGAAGAGGCACUAAAUGACAGGACUUGGAAAAACGGUCUAUGAUGGUGAGUAUUGUUGUUAUACCUUUAGAUGGAGGUGAACCAGUGAUGAAAUCUAUUGCAAUGUGUGACCAUGGGUGCUUGGGAAUGGGUAAUGGUCCAGAUGGGGGCUGAUGAGAUGACUUGUUCCGGGAGCAGACUGUACAGGCUCAAACAUACUCCUUAGCAUCUUUGUGGAUGGAUGGCCACCAAAACCUGCGGUUAAUCAAGGAGAUAGUACGGCUCGUACCUGGGUGCCCAGAAAACUUAGAGGCGUGGAUCCAGUGAAGAAAUCGGGCUCAAACAGUUGAGGGGACAUAAAUCUUCUUAGCAGGGCAGCCUUCAGGUAUGGGUUCAGACGACUGGGCUUGCUUUAUGAGGUCCUCAAUCUCCCAGGUGACAACACCCACGGUGCAGCUGGGG